AUGACCUUCCCUUCCCCUUCUCACUCCGCCCAAUCCUCGAUUGCUUCCGGCUCCGAUCAGCCCACUACUGCUCGAUCUUCGAGACUCCAGCCGUCAGCUUGGGGCGUCCCGUCGUCUCAAGCGUCCGUUCGUCGUCCUCUCACCCUUGCGACAGCUAACCUAUCUUCUUCAACCGGUACAUCCUCUCCGUCUCGCCGGACACCCGCCGCAGGUGCAGUUGCAUCUCCGUCCCACACUAGCAACCCAACGCCUGCUCCCGGGCCUGCCACGUCUCCAUUGACCUCUACAUUCUCCGCCAUCCUGAGCUCGGGCUCUCGGCUCCCAGCUGCGCGUGGUAAUCCUUCGCCAGCCGCAACUCCUUCUCCCUUUGCUUCUUCUUUCCAAGCUGGCGCACAGCACCCUUCACAACAACAAUCACAACAACAUUCAAUUACAUCUCCAAAAUCUACCACACCACUCCCCCCUUCAGCAGUUUCGCACCUGGCGACCCCAACGGCUUCCGCACCAGGAGGAGGAGGUAGUGGUGGGGGUGGAGGAGGCGGUGGUGGUGGUACUGCCGUGUCAAGAGGCGCCACGUUCUCUCCUCUGUUGACUGGUACUGCAGUCGGCUCUCCUACCGGGUUUCCAUCCGAUAAACCGUCUUCCGCGACAGUGUCGUCAACGGGUGGCGCUGGCUCCAGUCAAUCAUCACUCUCGAAGAUAUCAGUAGUCCAGGUUUUUCUUCUGCUGGACUCGAUCAACGAGAAAGAAGGGAAAGAGAAGUGGGAAACCAAAGCGGCACAGAUUCACAGGCUCGUAAACUCCAACGGUAUGGAAGUGUUCUCAAAGUACUUCCGCCGUCUGCUCUCAAGCAAUGCUGGCCAGAUAUUUUCUGGAGCCAACAAAAAUGUUGACAACUCCGGGAAUUACCCUUUGUUGGUCCAGGAGGUGCAGAAGGUGGCGCUCGACCCCGACCAGGGUCGAAAGAUAGCAGAGACUAUCGAUACGUCUGAAGGUGACAUAUUCAGAGACUUUGAUCUCUCCACCUUUCUCGACCAUUUUAAACUCGAUCCCAUACUCAAAACCGCUCUUACUCUUGCCUUUAAAAAUGUCACAAAGUCUGAUCUCCGUACUAAAGCCGACGCGAUCCUAUCAGCAUCUCUCCCUCAAUUCCUCCAGAGCCUCUCCACCAUCUCAGACUCUAAUAAAGAUUCGACACCAUCCUUUAUUGCUCUUACCAUCGAACGACUUAUCUUUAACCCCCCCCGUAAUUUUAACGAGGAUAUGAAAAAGAAACUUAUCUAUGAUGUUCGCAUACGCUACCAAAAUGCAGAUUCUGAGGUCCCAAUCGAGGUUGAUUCGGCUUUACAGAUGUUUUCCCUCACAGAUCCUCGACUGUCCCUCGUCCGUCAAAUCCAGGCUCGCGGUCCUCAAUCCCUGGGUGAUCCCGAUACCAUGCUUGACACUAUCAAGGCCGCCGGUUCAGAUGCGUUUAGCGGGGAACAAAUUGGCAAUGCAAUCCUCUUCAUUGUCCUCUCUCAAUCCUGGCAACAGUAUCCACUCGACCUUUUGGUGUCAACUCUCCUAAAGCAACACGCUUCUCAGCCGAUAAACUGGCCCGAGGCUGUACGGCAGUUUGAUAAAGAUGGACUUCGUGUCGAUAACUCCCAGUUUGCAAGAAUAUUCAACGCGUUGCUUCCUGUCGCCCAGGAGGACAAUUCACUGGAUCUUCAGAUGCUUUGGGGAGGUGACUGGGCUCAUAAAAACGCUCAAUUCUCCUUUUUGACUGCGUUUCUCUGUGCUGGAAUUGACACACCCGGCAUCGAUACAUCACAGAUUCCUAACUUCCGUUCUGCCUUUAGUUCUGAUAUAUUUGAUGACGCGUCUGAAACUGUCAAACUCCAGGCAGAGCAAACCAAGAACAAUCCCCUCCGCUCCCUCGAUGCCACAAAAGCAAUUUUUGAUCUAAUACUUGUCUCGCCUGCAACAUGGGCUCUUCCAGAGAGUCAAAACUUUGUCAAGACCAUCCUCCAACACGACCUCCCAACCUUCCUCUGCUCCGCAUUUGCCAUACCCCAGCCCUGGACCAACGUCCAACAUAAUUUCCUUGUCAGAUCAUUCAUGAUAUUUAUCUUAAAGCGACAGGAUGGAUACCAGUUCGCACUUCACGGAGUUUGGAAACUCAACCAACAAUGGGUCGGAGAGCAAUUGUUCCAUGCUUUCACUCAGGAUCCUUCUUGUACUGAUCUGAUCUAUGAGCAUGCAGUUGAGCAUGGCUGGCUUGACUAUCUACUGGAUUUUACCAAUGGCCUUGCCAUGGAUCUUGCUUCCCUUGCCCACCAGAAAGGUUCCUUCGACCUGGAGCAGUGGGUGAAGGGGACCGCUGGAAAAACGCCAGUUGAUAUGGGUGGGUUACUGGCCAAGUUUCUCAGAAUUAAGGCUGAAGACGAGUUGCGAGUGCAGAGAGGGGAACAACCAACUCCGCAAAUGGUCAGCCUAUCCGUCAAGACCGUAUUCGCUCUCUUGAUGAUUCUGGAAGACUACAUCACUGACCAUGAAAACCUAACCCCUAUUCAACGGAUCUGCCUUCAAACUUACCCCAGACUAAUCAACUAUGGUGAGGGGUUUGAUGAUGUUAUUGAGGCCAACAGUGUCCGGGGAAAUGCCAUUCCUGAGGACAUCGAUAAGAAGAUGCGCGAUCUUUUCGGGAAGAUGUACCAUGAAGAGCUCUCUCUCCGGGAAAUCCUUGAGCUUAUGAGACGGUACAAAUCCUCUCGCGAGCCUGCUGAACAGGACCUUUUCACUUGCAUGGUUCAUGGUCUCAUCGAUGAAUAUCAUUGCUAUCAUGAGUACCCGCUUGAAGCUCUCACGAAGACGGCUGUCAUGUUUGGCGGCAUUAUCAAUUUUAAGCUUAUUUCUGGGAUACCCUUAAAAGUUGGUCUUGGGAUGAUUUUAGACGCUGUACGCGAACACGAACCUCACGAGUCUCUAUAUAAAUUUGGUGUUGAAGCCAUUGAGCAGUUAAUAAGCCGGUUGCCUGAGUGGGUUGGGUUUUGCAGCCUCCUGCUUCAGAUACCUAGCCUUCAGGGUUCUAAUAUCCACCGCAAAGCAGAGGAAGUCCUUCGUGAACAAGGUCACCAUCCGAUCAAUGGUGUUGAUGGAACGGAGGCUAACGGCGUAACUGAUGGAUUGUCCCUCGCUAACGGCAGUGUUAACGAACUUGUCAACGAAGGAUCUCCCCGCAAAUUCCAGUCUCUACACGUAGGACCCCCACUUCGGCCAGAUAUCUAUAAGGAGCCAGAUGAAGACACUCACGACAAGAUCCUUUUCAUCCUGAACAACGUUUCAGAGCAAAACAUCAAGUCGAAACUUCAAGAUCUUCGGGAGAGCUUGAAGGAUGAGCAUCAUCAAUGGUUUGCUUCGUAUCUCGUUGAGGAGCGAGCAAAGCUACAACCAAAUUUCCAGCAACUAUACCUAGACCUUUUGGAACUUAUUGAUGACAAGACGUUAUGGGCAGAAGUGCUUAGGGAAACCUACGUCAGCUCUAUCAGGCUUCUUAAUGCGGAAUCGACAAUGAAUUCUACGAUUGACCGCACUCAUCUAAAGAAUCUUGGUGGCUGGCUAGGCUCUCUGACAAUUGCGAAAGACAAGCCCAUAAAGCACAAGAAUAUCUACUUCAAGGAGCUGCUUAUAGAAGCAUUUGAUAGUCAACGCCUUACUGUCGCCAUUCCGUUCACCUGCAAGGUCCUGAGUCAAGCCAUGAAAUCGUCAAUUUUCAAGCCUCCAAACCCGUGGUUGAUGGACAUCAUUGCACUAUUGAUUGAAAUUUACCACUUCGCUGAAUUGAAGAUGAUCCUUAAGUUCGAAAUCGAAGUACUCUGUGGAGACUUAGAACUUGACCACAAGACAAUCGAACCGUCGACAUGCAUUAGAGAACGCCCAGCUCAGCUCCAUGAAGGAUUACCUGUCGCUUGCCUCCCGGAAGGAUUAGAGGCAUUUGAUGAUAUGUCACUCACUGGCAUGAGCCGUGGCAUCCGAGCCGAUCGAAUAUCUCCUUCUUCCAUUAUCUCAAACCUCCCUAAGCUCGACCAAAUUCUUGUCUUCCCGCCAUCUGCCGAUCCCAACACUCUAAAACAAAUUGUUCACGGUGCUGUUGAACGUGCAAUUGCCGAAAUUAUUGCACCAGUCGUUGAGCGCUCGAUCACCAUCGCCUCCAUCUCAGCUGCUCAGUUAAUUUUGAAGGAUUUUGCCAUGGAGCCAGAUGAGGAAAAAGUUCGCCAGGCAGCAGGGACUAUGGUUCGUGCUCUUGCUGGUAGCCUUGCUCUCGUUACUUGCAAGGAACCCCUGAAAAUGAGCAUGACGAACUAUAUCCGUAUGAUCCAGCAAGAGUAUUCGGAUCAACCGAUGCCAGAGGGUCUUAUCCUUAUGUGCGUGAACGACAAUCUGGAUGCUGCUUGCGGUAUUGUUGAAAAGGCAGCUGAGGAAAAGUCUCUCCCAGAGAUCGAAAAAGUUAUUGAAUCACAACUUGAGGCCCGUAGGCGCCAUCGUAUCGCGCGACCCAAUGAAGCAUUCAUUGAUCCUUCUAUGAGCCGAUGGGCUUUGUUUAUUCCGGAACCAUACAGACAGGUUCCUGGAGGAUUAAACAAAGAGCAACUAGCUAUAUACGAAGAGUUCGCCCGCCAGUCGCGUGGAGCAGGCCCAACACAUAUCCAGCAUGCAUCGACAGACUCGGGUAAACAAAUACCAGACGUUCUUCAAGAAGCUUUCCCAGGCAUGCCUAACUUAAGCACCCCUGCGGACCAAUCCGCGAUUCCUCACCCCGCUAGCCGAGGUCCACAGGAUGCAGAUGUUCAACAACAGGCGCUUGCUGGCACCCAACCACAGAUCAACGGGUUUUUGGAAGCGUCUACUCCACGCGAGAAGAUUGACGGGCUUGUUGUUGAGCUUCAGCACACCACUCGAUCCGAGAAGGACGAACAUAUCAAGGACAUUGCAAGGGAUAGCCCUAUCCUCCAUGCAUAUAAUCAGGUCCUCAGAGCUAUUCUCUCAUCCCAGAAUGGCGAAGAGUUGGCAAGAAUGGCUGCUAUGAAAAUCUGUAAUGCCCUUUACACUCAAACCGAGAAAACCCUUGAAAUAGAAGUUCUCGUUCAUCUGUUGACCAAGAUAUGUGAACUCUCAUCGCUCGUGGCAAGAUAUGUAUGGGCAGUCCUCGCUGAGGUUGAUGAUGGGCAGAUGUUCAAUGUCCCAGUCACGGUUGCCCUUAUCGACGCUGGAUUGAUGGAUCUUCAUCGAAUUGACAUGAAUAUUGCCAAACUGAUCAAGGACAAGAGCCACGCCGCAUUGGAGUUACUAUCUGCACUGAUGAACCGCGUUCUACUGAAUGAUGAACCAUCAGCACUACGAUCUGACUUUUCUGGGAGUCUGGAUGCGCUGAACCAAUGGGUUGUCGAAGAACCUGAUCUUCCCCUUGCUCGUGAGAUCAUCCAGACCCUUCGAGAGUCUGGAAUUCCAGAAUCAGCCAACACUCUUUUGAGCGACUUGGCUCGAUCAAAGAGAGAUCAGAUGGAGUAUAUCUUCAGUGAGUGGAUUGGCGUAUACAAGUUCCCCGGAUCCAACGACAGGAUGUAUAGUGCCUUCCUGAAAGAUAUGCACCACAGACAGGUCAUGAACACACAGGAAGACUCGGCCUUGUUUUUCAGGCUCAGCAUUGAUAUAUCUGUUGCCAUGUUCGAGCACGAGUAUCAAAACGUCAGUGGAAACAUCGAUGAGGCAUUCUUGUAUAUCGACGCUCUCGCCAAGCUGGUUAUACUAUUGGUGAAAUUCCAAGGCGAUGCUGACGGUGCGGUCAAGGCUAGCAAGUCGGCCUACUUAAAUUCUAUCCUCUCUCUGUUGGUUUUGGUUCUCAAUCACCAUCAAGUCAUGCGAGGUGAUAGCUUCAACCAGCGAGUAUUUUUCAGACUCUUUUCGAGCAUUCUUUGCGAGUAUGCUGCCAGUGGCCUUGCACAGACAGACCAGCACAAGGGCAUGAUGCUGGCUUUUGCAGACAAGUUCUUGUCACUCCAGCCUAAACACGUACCAGGUUUCAUCUACGGAUGGCUAUCGCUUAUUUCUCAUCGCGUGUUUAUGGCUGAGAUGCUUACCUUGGAUGAUCAGGUGGGCUGGGAACCGUUUUGUGAAAUAAUGCAAGUGCUGCUGUCAUAUAUCGGCGAGCAGCUUAAAUCCGCAUCUGUGACCUAUGUGGCCAAGGACAUCUACAAAGGAGUGCUUCGAAUUCUUUUGAUUUUGCACCAUGAUUUCCCGGAGUUCGUUGCCGAAAAUCAUUUCCAAUUCUGCACUGUUAUACCCACCCACUGUAGCCAACUUCGAAACCUCGUGUUGAGCGCUUAUCCAUCGUCGUUCCAAAAAUUGCCUGAUCCGUUCCGUGACGGCUUGAAGGUUGAUCGAUUGGAGGAAAUGAGCAAAGCACCAAAAAUCACCGCCGACAUCGUCACACCACUCCAGGAAGCAAUGAUCAAGGCACCGGUGGACAAUGCAUUACGGAACUUCAACACUGCUGAUGCUGCUAUUCAACAAAUAUCGGAGAUCAUUUAUAAUCCCCCGGCAAGAGACACCGGGCUAUUCUUUAAUCCAAUCAACGUUAAUACUGUUCUUUUGGAGGCACUUGUUCUGUACAUUGGUCAGAGUGCCGUCUCUUCAUCAGCUCAGAAGCCUGGCACAGCUUCUUUCAGCAACUCCCCCGCUCUUGGGUUCCUGGAGAAGUUAGUGAACAUGCUACGCCCAGAGGCCCGGUAUUACCUCCUCAGUGCCAUUGUAAAUCAACUACGAUAUCCGAACAGCCACACCCAUUUCUUUAGCUUCGCCAUACUCAACAUCUUCGGCUCAGAGACUGCGGCUCAGCAUGAAACUCAUAUUCGCGAGCAGAUCAUCCGUGUAUUGCUAGAGCGAUUGAUUGUCCAUCGACCUCACCCUUGGGGUCUUAUCAUUACACUCCAAGAGCUGUUGCAGAAUGGCAAUUACUCGUUCUUCCGCUUGCCUUUCAUUCAAGCGGCGCCUGAGGUAUGGAGGUCCUAUAACUACCCGGUUCAUAUGGCAGGAUGCUAA